AUGGGCCCUUUGUGGUCUCGUCGCCAUAAGGAACUGGCAGAAGAAAUGUCCUUGAAAUUGGGUGCUGCUACAAUCCUCAUCACAUUACUUGCAUUUGUCACCACCGUAUGUUUGUCGUUGAACGGCGGCAUUCGAACAUAUCCCAUCGCCAUUUCUCAGCACUCUUUCUCUGUCUCAAACACAAUGAAACCCGUCUCUGAACUGCAGAGCGCUGUUUGGGAUGCAGAGUUGAAGUUCAGCCAAAACAGUGAUCUGCAAGUUCACAUCAAACACUUUCAGGGCUUCGUGUACUACCCGAAAUUCGAACCGCUGUGGUGUGCCUCAGUGAAGCCAGUGGACGUUGAGUUCAGGAGGCCAAAUGGGCUGCACAUAAGAUUUGAUAUGAGAGAGUGUGGGGAGGAAGGGCCCGGGGUUUCGACAGAGGAAGCUCUGAAGGAGGUUCGUUUGGAAAUGAAAGUGGACCUGGUUGUGCCUUACCAGUUUGGAAAGACCAGAAUUUGGGCCUGGCUUUGGGGAUUGAAUGUUGAAGAAUCUUGUUCCGAGUUGAGAGUUGAGUUUGUGUCUUCGGUUGGAGAGGGGAAGCUGAUUGGUGAGGGAGGAUGGUGCUUUGUUCCAUUGCCUGAGUAA